AUGGGGAAAAAGCACACUUUCAGUUAUUCUCGAAAUCGGAAGCGAUUAGGCAAAAAACAAAAGGCAAAAUUAAAAAUCAAAAAUCCAGUCAUUAAUUCAGCUUGGAAGUAUGGAUUAUCUGUUAAAUCAAAUUUUAACCGUUUGGGUUUAGCUUACGAUGCAAAUGAAGCACUUGGAAAUAAUUGUGAUCAGGUUCUAACAAAUGGAGAGUAUGGUGAUAAUGAUGCAGUCACAAAAAAUAUGCCGAGACAGAAAAAGACUAAUGUCGUAAAAGUUUUAGAAGAGUUAGCCAACCAUAAAAAGCAAAAACCUGUGUUUGUCUCCGGAGAUGAUCAGUUGUUUUGCAUAUACAACUUAGAGAUGUAUCCUGAGGAUGAUUUCGAAUCUAUGAGUAGAGAUCCAAAGAAUGUUUAUCAGUUGACAUCCAAACAGAUCGAACGACUAAUCAACAAAUUUAAACAAACCACUGGCUUUCAAAAGUAUCUCAAAGAUAAGCAGUCAGGAGAGCUUGCCAUCAAUGAGUUGUUUAAUGAAGAACUGAUAUUUUUCUGGUUGCGUUUCACGACUUUGCAACUCGAACUAAUGCAAUAGUUUCACAAUGUCGCAAAAAAUCUUGUUUCUACCACGUUACGUAUUGCCACCUCUCCACAUAUUAUUGAUUUUUAACGAAUAUGGACUUAGUUAUAUUAUGCUUUUUGUCAGUAUGUUGCGAUAUCUGACUUUGGUUUGUGAUCGUGAAGUUUUUACUAGAAUAGUAAAGUAUAUGCUUGGUGUAUGCUAUCAAUCCUUUUUGACCAUUACUUUUAUUGUCGUUAUUUUGUCUUAUUUUUAGAUGGUGUCAAUUAUCCUUGCAGGUUAUGUAUUACAUCUUCAUUUUAUUUAGUCUUAUAUAAGUCAUGAUUGGUUUUAGUGAUUUUCGUACGACUAUGAAUUGUUUUAUAUUGGAAUCUUGCUUGAUCUAAAUUUUUCAAUAGAUUUGAUGUCUUUAUUUCAGCCAAAAAUAUUCUGAUUUCUAAUUGUGUAUAAGAUUGUGGAAUUUUGAACGUACUUCUAUACAAAAAACUCAGAAACUAUAAAGAGCUUACUUCAUUGAUCAGUCAGUAAUUUGGUCUCCGGAAUCAAUUGUAAAUUGAAGAAUAAGUAUUUCUUUUACAUAAACAGAUUUUUAAAAUCAUAAAAACAGGAAUGUG